AUGGUACAAGCAUUUAUGGCUGAUGUUAUUUUUCCAAAUAAACAUGAAGAUGAACAGUAUAAAUAUACAGAUGAUAGUCAUUUACUUAUUUCGGAAACUUAUGUUGGUGUAAGUGUUGAAAUAUUUGAAUCAGAUGUUUUUCGUAGUGAUAUACCAUGUCGAUUUAAAAUUGUUCCUGAAACAGUCGAAUAUUUAAUUGAUAAUAUUGAUCGAACACUUCAACAAUCAAUUGAAAUUGAAGAAAAAUUAUCAAUAGAUUUAAUAGAAAAUUUAUCUGAAAUAAAAGAAGAUAUUCUUCAACGAUUACAACAUUUAAAAAAUAUUCCUAAUCGUCCUGAAAAUCUAAAUGGGUCGCGUUCACUUGGCCGACAAUCACUUGGUCGACCCAUCACUUAA